AUGUCCUCCAGUGGGCAAUUGGCGGGCCAGGCGAUCGGUUCGGUCGCUUCGGGCACGAUCUCCGGCACUGCUCGGCUGGUGAGCGGCUGCGCAGCUGGGGCCAGGAGUGCUUGGACAGGAGCGCGCGCGGUGGAGCUCGUGCCGGAGACUGCCGCCGAGCCCCACGAGGCGCCAGCUGUGCUCCGCCCCAGGGCCCUCGAGGAGUACUACGACGCCUCGGAGGCAGGGAGCGCGAGCGCAGGAGCAGCAAGAGCAGCAACAGCGACUGCGGAGCUCAUGACGGAGUUCCGCCGGAUGCGGCAGGAGCUGAAUGACCUCAAGGCCGAGAACCAGCGCCUUCGCGAUGGUACCGCGGACGGUGCGGAAGGCAGAAGGGAGGCGGAGGACCUUUUCCUCCUCAUCUCGGAGCUCAAGGUGUUCAGGGCGAUCUUCUUGGAGCUGCGGGCGUUGGAGGGCUCGGAGGAGUGGGAGGCCAAGGAGGAGAAGUUUUUGGACCACCCGGAGGCUGCGGAGGACAUCCAGGAGGCUGCGGAGGGCAUCCAGGAGGUUUCGGAGGGCAUCCGGGAGGCCGCGGAGGACAUCCAGGCGCAGGAGGACCUGAGCGCCCCGAUGGCUUUCCAGGAGCCCCUGGAGGAGGAUCCCCGGGACCCCCUCCCCCGCCGCCACCUUUCGGCAGUGUUGCUGGACCCGCUGAUGGCGUUGAAGGCCGCGGAGCUCCCGAAGUUGGAGUGGAAGGGAGGUGUCAAGGAGAAGCCGGGCAUCUUCGAGAGCUGGCUUCAACGCAUCACCAUGGACCUCGGCGGCAUGCACUACCUCAUCGAGCGGUACUGGGAGAAGGUGCUGGAGGUCGUGCAGGACGCCUACAUGAGCUAUCUUCGGCAUGGGCCGUUGGAUCGCCCUGCGAUUCGUCCUGCUCAGCCCCGUCAGUGGAUUGAUGCCGGGCUGGACGCUAUAAAUUUCAACAGUUGCGAGUUGAGGUUAAGAGGGAUCUUGAUGGCGUUGGUGCCAGAUGGCGUCAGGCAGGCGUGCUUGAGCACGAGGCAGACGGCGACCACCGACAUCGUCUUCGCCGCCUACGUGGACGCAGGCCCGGGGACAGGAACUGACAAGGACUUCACGCUGAACGCCGUGGACACGGCGAAGGAGGUGGAUACGAGGCUGGUGUACGAGGAGUUGCAGAAAUGGAAGUUCGCAGCGACUCGUCUUGCUCGGAUGGGCGUGACGCCGCCGGACCCGAGUCGACAGCUGGCCUCGCUGAAGAAGAUCGUCAACCGGAUGCUCGAGAAGGACCAGGAGGUCAAGCACCGGUACUUUGCGUUCAUCGUGAGCCGCAACAUGACAGGAGGUCUCAUCAGCCAGGCUCAAGUGGAUGAGUUGUGGCGCUACCUGUCGGCCGAGGCUCGCGAGUUCGCCGGCGUUCGCCCUGAUAAAGAGAAGUUGGACCCUGCUGCCAAGGCCGCCAGAGCGGAGGCAGCACGACUCGCUAGAGCCUCCAAGGGGGAUCCGAAAGGAGGUAAAGGGGACCCCAAAGGAGGUAAGGGCGACCCGAAGGGCAAGGGCGACAAGGGCGGCAACGGCGGCAAGGCCAAGACCGACCAGAGCGCCUCCGGGAGCCCUCCCAAGAAGGUCUGCACGUUCUUCGAGACGGCCGAGGGCUGCUCGAAGGGGGCACUGUGCACGUUUGGCCACCGCAAGUUGGCCCCAAGCGAUGGGAAGUGCUUCAACUGCGGUGCGACGGCUCACAAGUCGUCGGAGUGCACUCGGCCAAAGGCGGCGGCGAAGGCAGCGCAGGCCCCUCCCUCGAAUGCCCAGGCGUCUUCCCCGACUCCAAAGACCCCGACGGGCACGGUCGAGCAGGUCGCGGCGCAGACGGCCCGAGCUGAAGCUCGCGCCGAGCUGUUGAGCCUGCUGCAGAUGGGGGACGCGCUGCAGCCUCCAUCGACCUCGCGGGCUGCUGUUGCCAGCGAUUUCUGGGACUCGGUUCCGAUGUCCCCGGAGGCCUCUCCGAGAACAUCCCGCACGGGCGGCCCCGCUGCGAGGACAGUGAGCGUCCGCGCGAAGGUGAUGACGGCCGGCGGCAAGCGGAUGCUGCUGGCGGAUACCGGAGCCACCCAUGAACUUCGAGGGGUGCGGGACCUGACCGACGUUCACCCCCGAGCUCACGACGUGAGGCUGAAGACGGCCACCGGAGAGCAGCCCGCCAAGAUGCACGAGGAGAUCGUGUACGUGAAGGGCGAGGGCCUCCAGGGGCUGUUCCAGCUGGCAGCAUACAUCGAGCAGCUGGAGCUCGAGAUGGUGUGGAACACCGCGGAGUGCAAGGUUCGCAUGCGCGAUGGUCGGGAGUUGCAUCUUCAUCGCGAUGGCGGCUCGAUCUAUAUCUCGGAGGAGGACGCCGACGUGCUCAGGACAGCGCGGCGUGCGCAGCAGAGGCACAAUUUUCGAGCGAGGCUCGUCGCCUUGGCUCGCAACCUCCAUGGGGCGGCCGAGCUUCAGAGGCACCGCGAGGAGGGGCACUUGAAGUUCCUCGCUUCGUGCAGGGUGUGCCGAGGAGCGGCAGGGCGUCUGAGGCAGCACUUCAGGCACGAUGUCUCUACCAGACCUGGUGGCCAGCUGAGCGUUGACCUCUCGGGCCCUCACUUGCCAGAGAGGUGGCCCUCAGGGCGGCCAGAGGACGCCCCGAACCAGACGGAGAUGGAGGUGUUGCGGAAGCGCGAGGAGGAUGCUAAGAGAGGUGUUGCUGCUGGAGGUGUUCUUCAGGACGAGGGGCAGAGAGCAGAGAGCAGUGGUGACUUAGCUGCGCGAGUUGCCGCCGCGUUCGGGGUGGAUUCCUUGGACGGGCUCUGCUUGCCGGUGAACGCGGCGGCUAACAAGCAGGCUUCGACUUGCAUAAAGGCCCUCGAGCGCAUCAUCGCCCAGAUCCACUCCGAGUUCGAGGGCGCGGACGUGGUGUACAGGAUCCACGGGGACCGGGCGAGCGAACUCACAGGGGCGCUGUUGAAGGAGCACUUCGCCAAGAAAAAGGUGGUGGUAACAUCCACGCCUGGCUUCGAGGCCGAUGCAAACGGCCGCGCCGAGAAGGGAGUGGGCCUCGCGAAGCUGAGGGCUCGCGCAAUGCUGUUGUCCUUCGAGAACGUGGAGGACCGCCAGGCUGCGUGGCCGAUGGCAGUGCAGCAUGCGGCAUGGUGUAGCCGCAUGGAGGCGCAGGGGCGCGAAGUGAGGUGUCCUGCAUUUGGCGACCAGGUGACGUCUCGCGUCAAGGACGUGCCCCGGUCGAUGAUGUCCGAGAGGGCCGUGGAGAAUAUUUUCUUGGGCGUGGACGGCGAAUCGCCCAACGCGUGGCUUGUUGGUCGCAAGAACGUAAAGCAGAAGCGACCAGAGCUCAAGUGGAUCAUCGAAUCUUCCAGCUCAUUUGUGAAAGUGCCCACGGAGGAGCUGGCGCGAGGAGGGGGGCCAGGAGAUGCAGAGGAGAGCGAGGAGGCAACGAGGUCUGGAGGAGGACCGGCGGCAGCAGGAGAUGAACGUGACGAUCGUGAGGACGUUCUCGGGGAGACGCUGGCGGUGGAGGAGCUUUUGAUCGUGGCGACGGUGAUGCAUACUCGUGCCCAGCUUGCCGAGGGCGUCAUGUGGCUCACACUCGCGACCACCGUUGCCGACGAGGCCCAGGAGGUGCUGGAGCGGCUCGUGCGGCUUCGUCCCAUGGCCUUCCUGUCAGCCUUCUGGUACAUCAUGAUGUUCUUCGAGAUCGCCCAGAAGUCGGUGAACGCCAGCUUCGGCGAGGAGCGCGAGGGCUGGAGACAGGCGCUCCAGGAAGAGCUGGACUCGUUGCGGGAGAAGGACGUGUUCUGGCCCCUCGGUGCUCGAGAGCGCGGUGGCCUCCGUGCCCAGGGCAUACUGCCGAUGUCGACGGUGUUCGCCAAGAAGCCUCCUGACGAGGCCGGUCUCCGGAGGAAGCGUGCACGAGCAGUGGCAUGUGGAAACUUUCAGCCGGUCGUGGGCGAGAAGGAGCUCUACACCGCGAGUGUCGACAUCGGAUCGUUGCGGGCGUCCCUCGCCCUGGCUGCGACGAGCGGGUGGCACGUCGGAGCUCUCGACGUCAAAACGGCAUUCCUCAACGCCGACCUCCCCGUCGACCACAGGGAGAUCUUCGUGAAGCCGCCGGCAGCUUUCGUGAGGUUCGGCCUGGUGCCUCCCGGGGAAGUGUGGCGAGCCCAGAAAGCGAUCUAUGGGCUCCGGGCAUCGCCCCGAGCAUUGGCUGAGAAGCGGGACCACGAGCUCCUGAAGAUGACGGUUGAGCUCGAUGGCCGCCGAUGCCGGCUGCAGCAGUCGUCUGCCGACCCAGCUGUUUGGGCGGCUCGCGACCAGGAGACCGACGAGACGUUAGGCCUCCUCCUCGUGUCCGUGGACGACUUCAUUCCAAUGGGCCCGAAGGGCUUGGUUGAGGCCCUCAAUGCUGCAGUGUCGGAGGUUUGGGCCACGAAGCUCCAGGGAGUUUUUGGGCCGUCGGAGCCUGGCGUGCUCAAGUACCUCAGCGUCGACAUCAACGUUGGCCGCGAGGGGAUUUCUCUGUCGCAGUGCGAAUACACCGAAGACAUGCUCCAGAAAUGGGGCCUCGGCGCAUGCACGCCGACCGGAGGCCUCAACCUCGAGCGCGAGUCUUUCGAGAACUUCGAGGACGACGCGGACGACCCCCCAGAGACGGGCCAAGUCCGGCUAGCCCAGAGGACGGCUGGAGGCCUCCUGUGGCUGGCAUCGCGAACUCGGCCAGACAUUUCUUUCGCUGUCAGUAGGGCCGCUGCGUUGUCCACCAGGCGCCCCGCCGAGGCCCUCAUGAUAGGCAAGCGGGUCCUUCGAUACCUGGCUGGCACCCGUGGCUUCGGUCUGUUUUACGCGGCGGGCAGCGCGGGUGACACCGAGGAGUCCGACAAGAUUGCGCUCAAGGUCUACACCGAUGCUUCGAUGGAGGAGGCCAGCGCCCAGAGCGGGGUGGUGGCCACCAUGUUCGGCCAGGUCGUGGAUUGGAGGAGCACCCGCCAGGCGGUGGGGCCACUCAGCACCGCCGAGGCGGAAGUCGAAGCAAUUGCGGUCGGGGAGAGGAUGCUGGGAGCUACGACGGCUACCUUGGAGUCGCUGGGAUUCCCAGUGUCGCCGGAGAUGCUCGGCGACAACACGGCUGCGAACUUGGCGUCGUCAGGGCAGGGGUCGUGGAGGACCAGGUCUCUGACUACAAAAGUGCACGCGGUGCGCUCGCGCGUGCAGAGAGGUUUGCUGAAGAUUACUCAGGUAGGCACCGCUGACCAGCGCGCCGAUGGGUUGACCAAGUCAGGCGGCCCGAAGGCGAUGUCAACUUUCAGGUCACACCUCGGGCUGCGCUCCGUAGUGUGA